AUGUCUUUGAACGGUAACACUGACAAGGCUGUUAGUCUUCUGAGAGAAGCAGCUAGUUUGCUCGCUAGAGAUCGAGAGUCUGACGACACAGCUGUUUCAACUGCAGGAAGAGUUGUUACAGGGACUGAAACAGUGGUGACGAACUCUGUAUCCAGUUCGAGUCAUGACCAAAACCGGGUGCUUCAAAAUUUCAGGUCACUGUUUUCUGGCUACCGAACAACUAACCCUGGUACCUCAACCUUUCCCAAAAGGUCAGAGUCGAAAUCUUUUCCUCCAGCGAAAAGAAGCCGGUCGUCACAUGGAGGAGGAUACUAUCGAGUUCGAGAGACCUGGACGCGGGAAUUCGUAUGUAUGGUGAACAAAGAUAGUCAAUCAGUAGCAACUAAGGCGGAUAAAUUAACCCUGCUUGCAGCAGGUUUGGGCCGCAAGAAGCUAACGUUUGGGAACAGAGACGACGCUCCAACUUUCAAAAGAAAAAUGGAAGAUGCAUACCCGAAACUAAAAGAGGGUAGUGGAUUCGAACUACUCAGGAGUGGCGCAAGGCCAGGCGAGUUACUGCUUAUUAAGCCUCCUCCUUCUGGCUACACUGUUCCAUUUCUCAGGGAUGGAGCUGGGUUGGGCCAGGCUCUUAUUUAUAUAAGGCCUAUUCAAGAAAACCUUGACGAGACUGAGGUGAAACAAGAAGUGGUGAGUCUGUAAUUAUGCAUUCAUCUAAAGCCCUGCAGGAUAGUUUCCCCCAGGUCUCCUUCCCCUGUGGGCACCUCCAACGCUAUCCUAAAAUUAUUCUGCAUAAGCACCCCAGGUAAUUAUUUGAGGAUUUACAGUAGUUAAAUUUAAUGAAUAGAAACUACUCCAAGCUCCAAGUUCAACCCCAUAUGUUUAUUAUGCAUAUGUUUAUUAUACAUGCAGUAAUCUCAUACUAUUUCACAUAAGUAGUUUAAUAUGAACAUGCAUGCAUAAUAAAAUUAAUGUAUGGGGUUGUACGGAAAUCUUACCCUCCAAGUUAUCUGUCUUUGAACUUUGAAAUUAUUCUGUUAAUUUUCAGGAAGAAAGUGAUGCACUGGCUCUUGUUCCAUGUUUGGCUUGUGGAAAAUCAGUCUCAAUGUCAUUGCUCAGAGAGCAUCACCAGAAAUGUUCAGCACAAAGGUUUGUGGGAAGAAGCAUAUUUUAAAAAAAUAUAUCACAAGCUUAAGUUUACUUUAUCUAAAAUGGCUGUCAUGCAACUGUUCAAGACUUAACAUUUUUAUCUACACGGUAUUUCCAUUCAGCCAGUUAGUAGCAACAGUCAUGAUUUGUAUCUUGGUUUCUACAGACUUUUGAAUUAAGUUCAAUUCAAGGAAAACUUGUUGUAACUGAUCUUUUACACAUUUCUGUUUGCAGAAUUUCCCUAGAUGAUGACAGUGAUGGAUACCCAGAUAUAUCAUUGCCUACUAAAAGGCUG